ACAUAACUACGAGUGUCGUUUUGUUCUUCUCCCUUAUUUUACUUUUUAAAAAAACAGAGUUGUAUGCUUUUCGCUAUAUUUGUGUAGCUCUUGGCAAAGCAACACUUUUGAGAGAGAUCUCAUCUCAUCCUUUUUACACAGAGAGAGAGAGAUCUCAUCCUUAUUCCUUUCAGAUCCCAAUUUCCCUUAAAAACAAGUAAAAGAUCAGAUCCCAGCCAUGGAUUUCAUGAAGGUCUUCGAUCAAACGGUCCGCGAAAUUAAGAGGGAGGUGAAUUUGAAAGUGUUGAAAGUACCUGAGAUCGAGCAGAAGGUAUUGGAUGCUACUGAAGAUGAGCCCUGGGGCCCUCAUGGUACUGCUUUGGCUGAGAUAGCACAGGCCACAAAAAAAUUCUCCGAGUGUCAGAUGGUCAUGAAUGUGCUCUGGACAAGAUUGACUGAAACUGGAAAGAACUGGCGUUUUGUCUAUAAGUCGUUGGCUGUUAUAGAGUACUUGGUGGCGCACGGAGCUGACCGUGCAGUUGAUGACAUUAUAGAACAUACCUAUCAGAUCUCUUCUCUCACAAGUUUCGAGUACAUUGAGCCAAGUGGUAAGGAUUUGGGAAUUAAUGUGAGGAAGAAGGCAGAAAAUAUUGUGGCACUAUUGAAUAACAAAGAGAAGAUACAAGAGGUUAGGAGUAAAGCUGCUGCAAAUCGUGAGAAGUACGUUGGAGUAUCAUCUUCGGGAAUGACAUAUAAGGCAAGCUCUGCCUCUUUUAGCAGCAGUGGAGGCUUUCAGAGUAGUGAGCGAUAUGGAGGUUUUGGAAAUAAAAGUGAUGGUGAUUCAUUUAAGGAUAGUUUUAAUGAAAAGAAUCGAUAUGAUGAACAUAAGGUUGAUCAAAGUACUUAUAAGUCAAAGAAGGGAUCUUCUCGCUAUGGCAGCAAAGUUCAAGAAACUGUUUCUGCUAGUGGAUCAAAGACGAUAAAGAAGGUAGGUGAGCCUGAAAAAUCUUCACGUCCUUCACAGAGCUCAACUGUAUCAUCAACCGAUUACGAGGAAGAUUUUGACGAUUUUGAUCCUCGGGGUACUUCGAGUUCUAAACCUUCUGCAGGGAAUUCUAACCAAGUAAAUCUAUUUGAGCAAAAUUUGCUUGGUGACCUAUUGGAUGCACCAACACCUGCUCCAACUGCUACAUCUACAGUGAACACUGAUCCAUCAGAGGUUGAUUUAUUUGCUGAUGCCGCUUUUGUAUCAGCAAAACCAAAAAGUGAAACGGGUGUAACUUCCCAAAGUGUUCGAUCAGAGGGUGAUUUAUUUUCUGAUGCCAACUUUGUAUCAGCAAAACCACAAACUGAAACGGGUGUAACUUCCCAAACUCCAAAGGGUGUGGAUCUGUUUGCCACCCAGCCUGCUUCUUCAGUUGCAGCUUCAACAAUAGAUUUUUUUGCUGCCCCGGAUCCAGUUAUACAGUCUGAUAACAGAUCCUCAAAACCAGACCAGAUGAAUAUUAACAUUGUUGAUCCAUUUGCUUCAGUUCCACUAAAUACUUUUGAUAACUCUGACCCUUUUGGUUCAUUUGUUUCUCAUAAACCUGCACCUAUGCACGAUGAAAAUGCUACCAAUGGUGGGAGUCAUGAGGCUCGUGACAAAGUAAGCAAAUCGUCUGUUGAAGCUAAAACACCACCGAAGAAGGAUACAUUUCAAGUCAGAUCUGGAAUAUGGGCUGAUUCGUUGAGCCGUGGGCUGAUUGAUCUGAAUAUAAGUGCACCCAAAAAGGUCAACCUUGCAGAUGUUGGCAUCGUGGGAGGAUUGACUGAUGGAUCAGAUGAGAGAGAAAAAGGGCCAACUUCUUUUUACACUAGCAGAGCAAUGGGUCAAGGAAUCGGGCAUGGCAAAUCCGGUUUUCCAUCAGCAGCAACAGCUGGAGAUGACAUAUUUUCAAGUCUCAACACACAAAACUAUCAGUUUGGCAGCUUUCAGAAGUGAAUAAUUGCUUUAAUUGCCCUUGCAACACAUAUUAGGUCGCUCAGUUUCACUCAAGAUAUUCAAUUGUGAGCUUUGACGAUUGGAGAGCAACAGUGUGAUUGUGUAAAUUAGGGAAGUGACCAAAUAUUGGGUAACCAGUCACUAUUUGAAGUACCAUGCAGCUUCUUCUAUUUUCCUACUAUGAGGAGCUUUCUUGUAUCCAAUUUUCAAAUCAUAUCUUGAAGCUUUUGUCAUAUAUACAUCAAUAAACAGCAAACUCUAGGGCAGCUUGUUGCCAUUAGGGUAUGUGGUUGCGCACACUUGUUGAACCUGUGAGAGUGUGAUAGUCAUGUCAAUUUAUUGAUACUGAUUGCUCCUA